GCGCGACACAUAGGCGGUGGGUUAUACCCCUGCGGCGGUGUUUGAUCGUGCUACACACAUGCGUGCACGCCGAAAACCCGCAUCUCGCUCUUGUUGGUUCUGCGCCACUCGGCGUCGUCUCCAUCCCUUCUUUAUAGGUGGCAAAAAGUUAAGGUAGAUGCAUCCGACCCAACCAGUCGGUUGACGUCUUUAUUGCAGUGCGGAGCUUCUUCUAUCGGCACUUGAGCUUCAGUGUCUGGCCAAAGAAUUGCCCGGAUGGCGAACAACUCAUUUUAAACAAGGAAAGCGAAAAGAAAAAGAGGGAAGAUAAAUUGGUUUGAUUAGAAAGAAAAAUGAGUUUUUUUAACGCUCUGCAACAGUACGUGACAAAUAGUGUUUCCAGUUUGAACCUUUCGCCGCGUCGCUUUUCUAGAGAGAAUGAAGAAAAAGCCGGUUCUUCUUCUUCCAGUGUCGAUCCGAUUCUUCCGCCACCUUUGACGAUGACGAAAAUGCCCAUGCCGUCGAUGAGCCGUGAGGCCGGUAGUAGAUCUCCGAGUACGGUCCAUCGUUCGUCGGCUCACCUCCUCCAGGAGCGAUCGAAAUCGCUCAAAGCUGUUUCUUCACAAUCGCAACCACCUUCCCCGAGACGGGCCGUUGGUGGACGGACGGCUUCGCUCAAAGAGUCAUCGACUCUAUCGAUUACGGUGCCGUCUGCAUCCGGCGGGGCGAUAUCGCCAUCUUCUUCGACGGCGGCUCUUGCGGCCAUUCACUCGCCGUCACCUUUGCUGUCUCCAUCUUUUCAUCACAUGGCGGGCAAGCGGAGGGAACCUAAACUUUUGCCAACUUUUGCUCUGCUCGAGGGCAAUCGUCGGACUUCUUGGCCACAAUUUGCCAUCACCGGUUCUGGCGUCCAAGAAUCAGACGGAUCGUUCUUCGAGAGCUACACGGCGCUGUGCUGGAAACAGGAGAACAGGCGACUUCAGGUUAUGCGAGAGGACGAUCAACCGCUUGUUGCACAGCCGUCGGAAGGCGAUGGCCGGAUUGAUUCAUCUCAAUUUAUUUCGUCCAAAGAGAUGGAGCAGCUUUACGUCGAGGUGCUGUACACUAUACGCCACAAACUGGGAGCUCACUCUGCCAAGUAUCCGCACCACUUUAAAGAGGAUCUCGUUCAUUACGCCCAAACGGCCUUUGGCGUUGGCCAAGAAUACCACCGCAGGUGCAACGCCAUCGCUAGUGAAGAAAAGCCUCCGAUUGUCGUUCUCAACGUGACAGUUAUCGAAGCUGAAGGCCUGGAAGCCAAAGAUCCAAAUGGAUUCAGUGAUCCGUAUUGCAUGUUGGGCAUUCAACCGGGUUGUUGUUCCGGCAACAGGGGGUCGGCCGAACAGCCGUCUCCACAGCAGCUGACACAACCGCCGCUGGACACAAUCGGCUCUAACGAGGAGUUGCCAACGACGUCGUCGGUUUCGUUGUCGACCGGUGACCAGCGACGCGAUUCGCUUGUUUCCAUGAUACCCAUCGAGAAAAUGAAGAAGCAUUCCAGCUUUAGGCUGAGUUUCAAACGUAAAGAUCCUAGCGUGGUGACGUCAACUGUUGUCGUAUCGGCCGGAGGCAACAGCAAUCAAAUUGGCCCGGCCAACCGACCGAGUCUCGGCCCUGCUUCCAGCAACACCAUCAGCGUGGUAGGCAGUAGCGUCGGCAACAACAGCAACAGUUCGAGCAACAGCUGCAUUCUGCACGGACGAGAACAGCGAGACAGCCUGCACGCCGCUCUUCCGGCCAAAUUCAUCCGGGCCACUUCUGUCAAAGGCGCCACGCUCAACCCGAAAUGGAAUGAGAAAUUCCGAUUUGAUAUCGACGACGUCUGCAGUGAUACACUCCACUUAGACAUUUGGGAUCACGACGACGAGUAUUCGGUACUGGAUGCCGUCAGCAAACUGAACGAGGUCCGCGGAGUCAAGGGCCUUGGACGUUUCUUCAAACAAAUCGCGCAGUCGGCACGAUCCGGCACCCAGGACGAUUUCCUCGGUUGCGUCAAUAUUCCACUUCAGGAAAUCCCGUCGACGGGCAUCGAAUGCUGGUACAAGCUGGGAGGGCGCUCUCAACGCUCCACUAUCCAGGGACGCAUCCAUCUCAAACUGUGGCUGUCAACACGCGAGGAUCUCGGCACUAGCGAGGAGGACAAUUGGACCGAGAUCAAACAGCAAGAGAAGCUGCACUGCGUGUUUAUCGACUUUGAAGUCUCGCGUUUCAAGAACUCUCCGUCCCAAUGGACGGGCGAACUGUCACAAGCGGCGCUGACAAUCCUUCACCAGCACGCCAUCCAGGGCGACGUGACGGUGCUGCAGUCUCAUGUGGUGCGAUGGAUAGCGUACGCCAGGAAACUGCCGGACAAGUCGCUCCAUUUUUCAGUUCUUUUCCGCAUCCUCAAUGAUUUGGACCACCAAUGGUCGUCGUUUUCUACGGAACCACUUUCACGCGAGGAAGAGGACGCCCUGGCUGAGUCAUUCACUGCCUUUAUCGAUUAUUCGUUGUCUUGCCUCCGCAAGAUCCGCUACCUAUUCAGCCAUAGAUUGUCCAAUUCUUCCAAAUUGGAAUUUCUUCUCAAGUGUUUAAUGCAACUGGAUGUAAUGCGAGCCUUCCGGCGCUGCUGCCCGUUCCACAAGGAGAUACGCGGUGAAAUCGUCGUUGCCAUUCGCAAAGGGGCCGCUGAAUGGUUCACCUCCGAAUUACAAAGGUGCGUACCCACUGACGCCAACCUCGUAACCGUCAUCAAUGGAUUGACGGUGUUGACCAAUCGCGUCUAUGCUGAUUUAACACGUUCCCAUCAAAUUUACGACGAUGUGUUUCAAAGAAUUGGCAACGUUUCCUACUUCAACAUUGUCUACAAGAAUCACAUGAAAAUGAUCACUCAAGAGUUCAGUUCGCGUCUGGAGAGCAUCCGCAGUCAUUUUCCUAACGGCCCCAAUGGCCCCACUAUCAGUACGACGGAUGGUGGAAACGGCGCCGAGACGGGCUCCGCUGAAAACGCAGGACCCCUUUUCGAGUUGAAUAUCGCUUUACAGGAUUUACAGAAGUUCCAAGAUCAUGCUCCGCCCGAGGAGAUAUCGCUCAGUCACCAAAUGGCCGCCUUAAAUUGCCACGACUGUUUCCGAGUCGUUUUGGAACAAUGGCUCAUCGUCGCCCGUUCAAAAGCAUUGAACCGGGUGCGGUCUGCAGUCGAGUUGGACUCGUUCACUAACGUCGAGCCCUACCUGAAGCAUUCAACUUCGGCAAUCGAUACGACGUCGUGCUUCUAUCAGGUUUGUGAUUUUUGGAAGCAACUGGCGUGGCCGGAACUCGUCUCCUCCUAUCCGUUUGUCUACAGUUUAGUAGAGAUGAUCACGGCGAGCGCCAUCGUUUACGCCGACCUCAUUUUCCUGCGCAUCCAAACACACGGUUUCUUCACCGAUGAUUGGAAAAAUACGGCCGUCGUCGAAGAAGUCUACGUCAACUUGAAUAACCUGCAGCAUGUCAAAAAUGCGCUGGCUUCCAUUCCGCAGACGCUCCGGGUGACGGCCAUCGUCUCUGCGGUUGACGGUCCAAACACUGCGCUGCUUGACGUUCAGAGGAGUCCAAUCUCCGGUAGAUCCAGAUCGCCGUCGGUAGUUUCCGGAACGCUGACAUCGCCAGGUUAUUUAAUGAUUGCCGGUGGUGCGAUGCCUAAUAUCAGCGGAUGUGUAGGCAUCAACAGCUACGAUAACAGCGCCAGGCAGGCUUUCCAUAAUCUGUUGGAAACAGCCCGCGAUCACUACGAGAACAAGCUUUUGCGAGUCGCUGGAUGCUUAGCCGAAAAGAUGAGGAGUGAAAUGAAAAAAAAUAUUUUUCACUUGGCUUGGUCGCCGGACUCGUUACCGGCCAACGAGGCAGCUGCACCUUUACUCGAUUGUCUAGACCACAUUCUUCUCGACCUGCAGCCCAAUCUACUGCCGGACGCUUUUCAACGAUGCGUAGCAGCCAUCUGGGACGUGCUUCUCGUUGAGUUGUGGGCUCAGGCUGAAGUAUCCAGCGGAGACAAAUUCUGCAAGUUUUACGACCGACUGCACAGCGCCCUUCAGAUGCUGCUGAAUUUCCUUCACGCGGAAGGCAAGGGCCUCUCGUUGGAGGCGCUCAAGUGCCCGACGUACCAACGGGUCGAAGAAAAAAUCUCCCUGCACAAAGCGAAAACGGAGCAGCUGAUCGAUCUGUAUCACAUUGGCCGGUUGGGGCAGCAGCAACAGCUGCAUGGCAGCGGAACGAUCGACGCUCCUUACGGCGUUCUCAACAUUCGCGUCUACUUCCACCACGACAGCUUGAGCGUCGAGAUCCUUUCCGCCAGGGACGUCAUUCCGUUGGAUCCCAAUGGACUCAGUGACCCGUUUGUCAUCGUUGAGCUCCUGCCGCGUCGCCUCUUCCCCAAUUGCGGCGAACAGCAAACCACCGUCAAACGGCGCACUCUCCAUCCCGUUUUCGACGAGUGUUUUGAAUUUCCGGUGACGUUGGAGCAAUGCCGGCAGGAAACGGCCAUGCUUCUGUUUACAGUUAUGGAUUACGACGUUUUGACGGCCAAUGAUUUCGCCGGCGAGGCCCUUCUGUCUCUCAACACAGUACCGGGAGUUGCGGCAACGCCGCAAGGGCUGGACACGUUUCACGGGCUCAAACAGAUCGACUUGGUCCUGAUGCAUCAGCCAAACAAACAUCAUCCGAUCCUGUCGGUGUUGGAGUCGCGUGUUUGGGACCGAACAGCGCAAGAGUUUGCCAAAAAGCAAAGAGAACGAGUCGUCAGCUAAAACAUGAUCGGUGGCGUCGUAAACUUGGAUGGACCCCCCCCCUUCAAAUCCAACAAAAACAAAAACAAGUGCACUCAAUUGAGAGUGUGCCAUUUUCAUUCUCCCUUUUCUUACACACAUAUAUUUAACAUAUCAAAAUCUCUCUAUCGCCUUUCUUUCUUAUCGCCAUUUUCUAUUUGGGUCCCGCAUCUAUAUUUCCACUACUUUACUGACAUUCAAUUUUAUAUCAUUUACAAUUUAUUCUAAUUCGUCUAUUUUUCCAGUAGCUCUCUAUAUCACAUUUCAAUGAGGCUUUUUGGCUUCUGACGAAAGAAUGAGAAAGUGGUUUAUCUUGUUGCCAUCUAAAAGAAUGCUUAAACUCCCACGCUUUUCCGGAAAUAUUCAAUGUAAUCAAAGAACUUAACUUUGCUGUAAGGCAGCAGCCAUUGCCAAAGUGGCUUUGCAUUCAAUGUCAGCGAAUGGAAAUCGGAAGAAAAUCCAUAAAAAAUGACUCAAGGAGAAGGGAAUCCAAACAAAAUAAAAGUGGCAGCCUCUUUUUUUCAGAAACGUUAAACCAUCCCAAUGUAACCGGUAGACACGGGGGGAAAUGUGAAAGAUCUUUUCGGGUCUUUUGUUACAGCUUAUUUCCUCGUACUCGUGUUCUUUCCUUUCUAAGUAUAGGCAACUUAUUACUUCCACCUGUCUAAUCAAAAGAUGUCCAAGCCACUCUUUUUGUUCUCCUUUCAUUUCCAACUUGUUCAUCUAUUUGUUGUAGAUGUCAGAUUUCCGAGUUCGCUGCCUUGUUGUCCGUGUUUUUGUUCUGCUCUUUCGCCAAGUUGCACAAAACAGGUUUCGGAGACCUUCAUCAAAGAUUGACGAGGUGGCAAAGUUUUCAUCCGUUUCUUUCAGGUUUUUACAGUGGGAAAGAAGAAAGUAGAUUGUUUUUCCGCGGCGUAGAAGCGCUCCAUCAUUUCGCUUGCGCUGCGUAUCGUUAAAGAAACUAUUGGAAAAAAUAAAUAAGAAACAAAGAAACUAAAGUCUGGCCGCUUGAUUGCUUACGAAUGCGCUUAGCUUCCCACCGUGGAGCUCGUUGGCAUUUUGUUUCGCUCGUUUAUUUUUAGAAGUUACGUCACGAUCGACGGACUUGCCUGAUCGAUCCGUCUGGUCUGAAAAGUAACCGAGACCUUUUUCUCUGCUUCUUUAUUCAUUACCUGCAUUCUUUUCUUUUGAAUUAAAAUCGCUAGCCCCCGGAAUAUUUAUCGAUGCUUUCUUGUACACUAUACAAUGGCCGACCAUUUUCUCUUUUGUUGAAAUGGGUCUCCAGUGUAGUUUAAUUGGUUCGCCGCAUUAGCUUUCCUAAUCGAUUUCGCAACCUCUGCAAUUUGGCGGAGCUAUCGUACCCAUAAUUCCAUUUAUACAUUCAAGUGAUUGACCACACCUACAAAGUGUCGACUUAUUCAUAUUAAUAAAUCAGGGUUGUAUUUUUGAAUUCGUGAUCUUUUAAGAGACCCGAAUUCCAAUGUUCGUGGGGCUUUUUACAUCCCCAGUGGACUAUAUGCCCCAUUUCUAUCUUUCAUUUAGUAUCUUCUUUUUAGUCAUCUUGGUUUGGUUUUAUUAUUUAAUAGUUUUGUCUGGUAUAUAUUAUAUAUAUAUAUAUAUUUAUUUAUCUUGUACUUUGGGGGAUGUGUCCUUGUCUGGUCCUAUUUCUAUAUUAUUUGAAGUCACCAUACUGUAUAAGUAAUAAAACUUAUUAAAUGACA